AUGAAGACCACCGCCUUCAUCACCGCCCUCCUCCCCUUCAUCACCCCCGUCCUAUCUCUCACCAUCCCGAUCCCAGCUCCAACCCACGACGUCGCUCCCCCCUCGGCUACCCACCCACGCCCUGCCCCUGCCCCACGCGCACCUGCAUUCGACACCUCAGCCGACGGCCUCUACCGCGUCACCGUUGAUUCUGAGGGCAACCCCGUAACGGAAUUUACUCCCUACGAUGAUCUCCUUGUCAACGUGACUUCUACCGAAACCCGGUCUAAUUCCGGUCCCGCUGUCGUCGGUGGCCUUGAGAAACGCAGAGAAGAUUGUGGACCGGGAUCGACGAAUGUGAAUGAUGCGGAUGCGGCGAAUAAGUGCCUGCUGGACGGGUUUGCGCCGGGGGAUGUUCAUUUGAAUAAACAUGCUUGGACUUAUUGCGUCCGCAACGAAGUAGUCUCCUUCAUCUGCCCCUACUCCUCCAACGGCUACAAGCCGCGCGACGCCAUCCAAGCCACCAUGUACUACGUCAAGCAAAAGUGUGGACCUUCCACGAUGGGCUACGCGCAGGUAUCGGGCGGCAUGGGCGAUUGGACUACGGGUUAUGCGAGGAGGAGCGAUCAUUUUUGUGAUAAGGUUUUUUUAUUGGGAACUAGACUAUCUCUACAGUAA